AUGAAGAAGGUCGAGCCUCCCGACCUGGUUAGAUUUAGCCAAUCAGGAGCGAAAACGCAUUCUCUAACGCAGCUGAGUGAACGAAACCAAAACACAUUGGAGAAACGGACGAAGUGUUCAGAAUAUUUCAUCUGCGUGGAUCUUCUCUGGCCACGCGUAUAUAAGGUGCAGCUGUCUAUAAUCGUUGGCAGUGUUGACGAUACACCCUCCCGGUCCUUGACUCUCCUCUCAAAGUUACAGAAAGCCCCCAAGAUGGCCCUGGCGACGAGUCUCCGACUGCUGCGGCGCGUGGCGGUGCCUGCCCUACAGCCUUCCCGCGGCCUCCACGUCAGAGGCAAGGCGACGAUGGUGUCGGCUGCCAUGCGAGCUGACCUGGCCAGCCCCCCCGCCAUCCGCUCGGCCCUCCCCGCCCAGCACCUCACCGCCAAGGUCAUGUUCGACGACCACACCUACGCCGACUUCAAGUACAUCUGGCUGAGGGACAACUGCCAGUGCCCGAAGUGCAUCGACGCGAGCACCAAGCAGAAGCUGGUCGACACGCCCAACCUCGACGUCAACCUCAAGCCUCUUUCGCUCACCAUCAAUGGGGAGGGGAUGCUGCAGAUCUCGUGGGCGGAGGCUGACGGGAGCGAGCACAUCUCCGUCUACGACCCGGCCUGGCUCUUCAAGUACGGCCAGUCCUUCAUGCACAACAACUUCGCGAGUGACACCGUCGACAUGGACCUCCUGCCGCAGCGUCCCGAGAUGGAGCUGUGGGACCGGACCUCCAUCUGGGCCUCCUUCCCCGAGCUCUCCUACAACGAGUUCAUGGAGACGGACUCCGGCCUCGGGAUGUGGCUGGACAUGUUCUACAGGUAUGGCGUGGCUGUGCUCCGUGGCGUGCCAACAGAGGUCAACAAGAUCGUGGAUGUGGUGAAGCGGUUCGCAUACGUGAAGGAGACUCAGUAUGGCACCACGUUUGACGUGAUCAAUAAGCCGGUGGAGGGCGCACACUUGGCCUACACAGGCGUGGCGCUGUCACAUCACACUGACAUGAACUACAGGGAGAAAUCUCCGGGAAUGCAGCUGCUUCAUUGUCUCAAGGCUAAUGACCCCAAGUUGACAGGUGAGGACCCCGGCGGCCGCUCCUUCUUCGCCGACGGCUUCAGGAUUGCCAGAUGGCUCGAGGAAAAUGAACCAGCUGCCUAUCAUAUCCUCACCUCCACCCCAGUCAGGUUCUCCAUCAAGAAUGAGGGCAAGCAGUACUCCGCCCUGUGGCCCAUUCUGUGCACCAACACUGACGGCGAUGUCACAGAGGUCCACUACAACAAUCGCACCAUGAAGCCCCUGCAGGCUCCCACCCACGUAGUCACCCCCUUCUACCAGGCUUACAGGCUGUUCUCGGAGCGCUUGCGUGACCCUGCCAUGGGAUUGGAGUUCAACAUGGUACCAGGUGACCUUGUGGCGUUCAACAACCGCAGAGUUCUCCAUGGCCGAACUGCCUUUGAUGCCUCUAAAGUUGACAGACAUCUCCAGGGAUGUUAUGUAGACAUCGAUGAGGCCUUUGCGAAAUAUGAUAGCCUGCGCUCAAAGUUCCACCAGAACUGAGUGCACAGUCAAGAGGAAGAAGGAGUAGGGGGAGGGGGAGGAGAAGCAGUGAAGAGGGAGGAGAGGGAGAAGGAUAAGCAGUGAGGAGGGAGAAGGAGCAGUGAGAAGGGAUAGGAAGGAUAAGCAGCAAGGAGGGAGAAGGAGGAGCAGCGAGGAGAAAGGAUAAGAAAGAUGAUCAGUGAGAAUGGAGAAGGAAAAGCAGUGAAAAGGGAGGAGGAGGAGCAGUGAAAAGGGAGGAGGAAAAGCAGUGAGGAGGGAGGAAGAGGUGGAGAAGGAAUAGUUCAACUGUUGUAACAUGUCUUUCAUCGAUCCUUUUUGCGUGCAAUAUAAGGAACAAUAGGAAGUUUGUGACUUAGUUUUAGUCUUACAAUAUCCAUAUUGCAAAUCAUGUAUUAACUGUGCAUAUGCAGCCCAAUGGUGGAUUGUCCAAAGGAAAUGAUUUUGAGCAAGGCUUUUUACUUUAGAAAAUUAUUUUGUCUCUUAAGUUCAUUCAUUCCAUGAUAUAUGAAAUAUCAGUCAUUCCAUUGAUUCAUAAAACCAUUUUCCUAAUAUUUUCAAAGUGACUUUCAUUCCUAAAACAUGGCAAAAAUUUUAUAUAAUUCACAUAUCAUUGCAGAUACUAGCAAAAGCUCCCAAAUGUAUAUUUAUUUUUAGGUGAAAAUUCUGAUUUAGAUCUGCAUCAGGUAAAAUAGAUGUUCCUGUACAUGAAUCUAUUUUAUAAGAUUUUUUUUUAAUCUAUACAAAACAAGUUUAUAUGAAAGGCUUCGUAGAAUAUUGAGCCACUGUAAAAAUGUAUAAGGUGUGUCACUUACUUGUAAUACUGUUUAAUUUUGUAUUAGAUAUGAAAUAUUUUGCAUGAAUACUGAUUUACACAAUAAUUUACUAUAUGACAAAUAUUUAUAUUGAAAUCCUUUGUUAUUAAAGAAAAGGAUGAUUAACAAUGUACAUGCAGUUCUUUCUCUUUUUUUAGUUAUUUUAUUACUCCCUGAAAGAAAGUCAUGUAUGUAAAAAUAUGAUUAUCACAUAUUAGUCUUUGAAGAGUGAAAUAUAUUUCUCUACGGUUAAAAUCAUACUGUAUUGCUAAGAACUUUACACUAUAUAUUGGAUAUCUCAUGGUUGAAAUACCAUGCUGAAUGUUAAAAAAUGCCAUUAUAUUUUGUAAAGUUGGAAUACUUUAAGCUGAGGGAUAUUUUCAAUGAUAUAAUUUUGAUAGUGUGUAUCAAUGCAACAAUGCAAUGCAAACAAGUACAGUCUUACAGGGGUUUGGUAACAUUUAUUAUUAAGACUGACUGUUAAACUUCUUUAUUUAAUGAAGUAUAGCAUAUCCUC